CUUCGAUCCGAAAUUUUCUGAAUUCAGAACUAUAUUUCUCAUUCCGAUUUCUCCAAAUAAAGUUGUUAUUCACAAUAUUCAUUUAUACACUUCUAGUCUUGUAUAGAUAAAUGUCUAUUCUUAUAAUUUUAAAAUCUAACUCUCUUUUUUUUUGUAUGAUGAAUUAACAUCAGAAAUCUAGGUUUAGGAGAUAGCAACAUUUGUUUGUGCAAUUGAAAACAUUGUCACACACUAUCUUUUAAGGUGUAUUCCAAAAGUCAUUGUAAUAAGGAAUUUCAACUCCUGCUUCUACAAUCAAUGACCGUGUUUCCCGAUUCAAGAACUCCCCAAAAAAUGCAGGGCAAGAAAUUAUUCGAAGACAACAAUUCUUCAAUCAAGCGUCGGAAGUUGGAUUGUGUUCGGCAAUUUCCGGUGAAUUGCGGCGCCCCCGUUGGAGAAAUGCCUUCAUCUAAUUAUACGAAGUGCCCGGAGGUUGGAGUUGUUAGUUAUGUUACAAAGAGCAGUAGCAGCAGCCCCUUUGACUCCGGUGUUGACGGAGACGAAAACAAACCGCCCGGUUUUCAAGUGGAUAACGACGAUAGUCGUCAAAUCGGGAAGAAAAUUCCGUUGCUUAUACCAGGUUUGCCUUUUAGAAGUGGACCGAAAGAUAGUGUUAGACAUGAGCCACAUUGCGUAAAUGAUGUUGUUGUAGGACGAAAAACGGUUUUUGCCUUUGAAGAGUCGUGGAAGCGUGAUUCGGAGAAACUGGCGGCAGUUAUUGCCAAGGCUAAAGAGUUUAUUAGUAAGUUUGAUCCUACGAGUAAAUGUUCUUCCAUUGGUGCGGCGAUAUCGAAUAAGAGGGCUAGAGAUGAAAUUUGUGAUAAAUUUCUUGCUCCGCAGGAUUCGGAUCGAAGUCUCCGUGAGAAAAGGAUCGGUGUCGAGGAAAACAACUCUCGAGAAGAUGAAGAGGAAGUUUGCGUUUUGUCACAUGCUGAGUGGAGUGGUUUACAAUUUGGUUCCGAGAAUUGUUCGAACACAUCAAAGGUUAAAAUUGAAUCAAAUCAAGAAGUGGUUUCCGAUACGCAACCGAUUGAAGCUAAAUGUGGAGAGAACGACGAGGACCUCAUUUGCACGGAUAGUAUGGAUGAAUGUGCGUCUCAUGGCGAAGAAGAGGAAGAUGAGUCGUCAGAGAUGUUUUGUGUCGAUGAUCACAACUCCCUUGUUUUGUACUCUGAUAUAUCUAGCAAGGAAGUGUUCAUCGGUGGUAAUAAUAGCGAGGCGAGGUACGACGAGAGUCAAGAGCUCGUAAAUAUGAGCAUCGUGAAGCACAAUCAACCACAUGGAAUUAAGGUUUCAGAAGCCCUAAGCAUAUUUGAAUUGCAAUAUGCGGAGCUCUUGCGUGCGGAGACGAGGGGAGAAACAAAGGUCGCGUAUCCCCAUCUCGAAGCGGCAAGGAUUCUCAAGGAAAAGGGAGUGUGGAUUGAAGUCGAGAAGCACUUUGGCCAUAUACCGGGCGUUGAAAUUGGAGACGAGUUUCGGUUUAGGGUGGAACUCGCGGUUGUUGGACUCCAUCAACAAUUAAUUUCCGGCAUAGACUAUGUUUUUCAAGAUGGGAAGAAAUUUGCAACGAGUGUUGUCAACUCGGGCCGCUAUGAGAACGAGGCUAAAGCACUCGAUGUUUUAAUAUACUCGGGCCACGGCGGUAACCUUAACAUUGCCGACAAUGCCGUGGAUCAAAAGCUUGAAAAGGGAAAUCUUGCUUUGGUUAAUAGCAUGGAAGCGGGGUAUCCGAUUAGAGUCACCUACAAAAAGAAGUGCACAAGGGAUCACGAGCGUAAUUAUGUCUAUGUGUACGACGGGCUCUACACGGUGAAUAGGUAUUGGCAAGAACGGGAUCAAAAGGGUAAAUUGGUCUUCAAAUUCGAAUUGCAAAGAAUGGCCGGCCAACCGAGACCGUAUCGAAGCACAAACAAAUCAAGAAAGUCGAAAAUAUCUACGGAGGUUUGUGUGUUGGAUGACGUGUCGCGAGGAAGAGAGAAGAUGCCGAUACGCGCGAUGAAUGGCGUGGACACCGAGCGGCCCCCGCUUUUCACUUACGAAACCGUCAUUGAGUAUCCGAAUUGGUAUCGGCUAACUAACCCCGUCGGUUGCGAUUGCAUAGACGGUUGCUCCGAUUCCGAGCCUUGCUCUUGCGUCUUGAAAAACGGGGGCGAGAUCCCGUUCAACGAAAACGGAGACAUAAUAAGGGCAAAGCCAAGAGUUCACGAGUGCGGUCCUUUGUGCAAAUGCCCCCCUUCUUGUAUGAAUAGGGUAAGCCAAAACGGGCUCCGUUAUAAAUUGGAGAUUUUCAAGACGAAGUCGAGGGGUUGGGGUGUGAGAUCGAGGAGUUACAUUUCCUCCGGAAGCUUCAUAUGCGAGUACGUCGGGAAGCUAUUGAGGGAUAAAGAAGCCGAAACGAGAGUUGGCCGUGACGAAUAUUUGUUCGAUAUAUCCAAAUCGGAAAACGGAGUAGUAGUAGAAGAACGAGGCGAGAGGCUUGUUCGGAAUAGAAAACCGAGCGUCGACGGGUACGCUAUUGAUGCCGCAAUGCAUGGGAAUGUGGGGAGAUUCAUAAACCAUAGUUGCUCACCUAAUCUUUAUGCACAAGAGAUUUUUUAUGACAAUGAUGACAAGAGAAUGCCACACAUUAUGUUCUUUGCCUCAAAGAAUAUACCUCCAAUGCAAGAAUUGACUUAUGAUUACAAUUAUAAGUUGGAUAGAAUUUGUGAUGUGAAUGGGAAUAUUAAGACAAAGGCUUGUUAUUGUGGAGCACGCAAUUGCACUGGGAGGAUGUAUUAA